GCAUUCGCGUGCAGCAGCAGACCACGCUGUAUUUCGGUGCGAUAGAACUGUAAUCGUGACAUCACUGUUACUUGUUGUGACGCGAUUCUGCGCACUGCAGCGCGAACAGCUGUCAUUGUCGUAACAAUAAUAAUGUCAACGAUAUGGCGUUCGGUGGUGGCUAUGGAUGGACGCUUGUGAUUUCAUUUCACUGCUGGCACGUGAACUGGCAAGAGCAAAAUUCGUUUGCAGUCCUUGAACAGUUGCUGUGAUAAUCGCGAAAUUCAUAAAGCUUCUGCUUUUCGGAGAAACGAAUGGUGGGCGGCGAGUGAAGUGCAUUGUUUUGCUUAUCUUUUUAUUCAAGUGCAAGUAAACAGCGGAGCAGCGAGUCAGACAGUGAUUGGUUGAUGAUAUGCAUACAAUGUAGCAGAGAUCUAAGGACGUUGGAAUCAUACGUUAUUUUGUUAAUCAUUGACAGAUGAAAGCUACCUCCCGUGCUGACUGAGUUUACUAGUCCAUUGGUUGCAGUUCCUCAAUGGCACCCAGCGAGAGCGAGGCAGCAUUCGGCUCGGACCGCGAGCUAUCCUCGGAACAACCCCCGGCGAAACUCGCUUCCUUUGAUUCUGAAGCUCAACCGCUAUCCACUGAAGAGCAGGCACACAGUAAAACUAUAUCCUGGCGUGAUGGAUGUCCCCAGAUUUUAGCGACAAUUCUAGUAAACUUUUUGGUAGUACAGGCAGGGAUUAAUAUGACAUAUUCAGCAAUUUUGCUACCGCAGUUGUCAACCCCGGAGAGUCUGAUACAGAUCGAUAAAGACGAAGCUUCCUGGAUUGCUAGCGUGGUGACGAUAGCUUUGCCGUUAGGGUCACUUGUGGUGGGUCAUCUCAUGGAUCAGUACGGUCGGAAGAAGAUCUGUCUGGUGACCUGCUUGCCGUUCGCCGUCGGUUGGUUGCUGAUAGCAGUCGCACAGAAUGUGAAAAUGAUUUAUAUCGCUAGGAUAAUUCUGGGCAGCUCGGGAGGAUUGACGACGGUGGCGUUGGUUUAUGUGAGUGAGCUAUCGCACGUGUCAAUGCGCGCGAUGUUACUUUGUUUGAAUAGUGUUUUUGUUUCGUUUGGGAUUUUACUGACGUGCGUUUUGGCUCUGUUUUUCGAUUGGCGAGCAAUGGCUGUGAUAUACACCGCAUUUUCGGUUGCCACCUUAUUUCUAAUUAUGAACAUACCGGAAUCUCCCCACUGGAUAUUGACGUUCACCAAGAAGGAACCCAGCGAAGUGCGGAAAGUUAUGCACUGGGUUUAUAGAAACAAAACCCUGGCAGAACAGCAAUAUCGUCAACUAAUCUCAGCUGAGCAAAGUAAUAAACGGCUGGCCGUUGAUACAACUGCUCAACAGUUUUCACUCAAAGCAUACCUUCAUCCGCGAGUUUAUCGCCCCCUUUCGACGCUGUUGCUGUUGUUCCUAUUCCAACAACUGUCAGGUGCCUACGUGUUGAUUUUCUACGCGUUGAACGUUUUUAUGGAAAUUGGUGGCUCUCGAGCGGCAGGUUUCAAUGAAUACAAUGCACUGGUGGUACUGGGAUUAAUCCGUUUCAUCAUGUCGAUCCUUACUUCGGGAUUCUCCCGGCGAUACGGUCGAAGGACGCUGCUAAUCAUCUCCGCUACCAUCAUGGGCAGCUUCGCUACACUAGCGGCUCUGUACAUCGAUUUCAUUCGUAAACCGGGCAGGGAAACCAACGCCACCUUCGGAAGUUACCUGCUACUGGUUUGCGUACUUGGAUACGUUUGCUUCAGCGCUCUCGGAUAUUUGGUACUGCCGUGGACGAUGAUCGGGGAGAUUCUUCCCACUGACGUUAAGGGCAAGCUGGGUGGACUGGUCGUGUCCGUAGCCUACGUAAUGAUGUUCGUUGUGGUCAAGCUUUUCCCGUACCUUCUGGAGGUGUUAGCGAUUCAGAGGGUGUUCUAUUUCUAUGCAAUUUCCAGCUUUGCUGGGGUGUUCUACGUUUAUGGUUGGGUUCCGGAGACGUUUGGUAAGAGCUUCCAGGAAAUUGAACGAUAUUUCGUGAAGGAUGAUACACGAAGCUAGAGGUUAGGUGUGGCAGAAUGGCAGUACUUAGUAUUUGCUUUGGAAAAGAAAAGGUAAUAUGGCCAUGAUAAGUGAUUAGUUGAGCAAAGAAGAUAGAGCACAAAAAGAUUCUGACAAGGAAUCGAACUCAAACUCGGGGAAAACAGCGUUUGUAUAGAAAAUAAUCACCAAGGAAUAACUUUGUCUUCCAAUUUAGAACAAUAGCUAUAGUUUGUAAGUGGUUAGUAAGCGAAGACAGCAGAAAUUGUUGUUAGUUUUAUGUAAAUACGUAUCAGUACGUAGGAAUCAUCGUUUUACUGUUUUACACGAAGUACAAAUCAAUAUCAAUGAAUGUGAAAAAAGAAACAAUUUUACUAGUGAAAUAUAUACACAUCAGAAAAAAUGAACUUGAUUUAA